AAUCACAAUAACGUUGGCACGUUAGCGCAAAAUAUAAAUCAUGGUCCUGCACUUUAAGUGUGAACUUGUCCAACCACCUUACUUUAUAUUUAUGGGAGAAGACAAACAUGAAAAUGAUGAACUAAUUCGUUGGGGAUGGCCAGAAGACGUCUGGUUUCAUGUAGAUGCUCUAUCGUCUGCUCACGUCUACCUACGAUUGAAAGAAGGUGAAACCCUAGAUGAUGUCCCCGCCGCUGUUAUACAGGACUGUGCACAACUAGUCAAGGAAAACAGUAUCCAAGGUUGCAAGCUUAACGAUGUUACUGUCGUUUAUACCAAAUGGGAAAACCUGAAGAAAACCAAUGAUAUGGAUGUUGGCCAAGUUGCAUUUCACAAUAACAAAGCAGUCCGAAAAAUCGUAGUUGAUAAACGCAAUGGAGAUGUUAUAAAACGGCUCAACAAGACAAAAGAGCAGUGCCAACAUCCCGAUCUGAGGGGUGAACGAGAAAAACGAGAUACUCGUAUUAAAAACGCAGAAAAAGCUAACUUGGCCGCUAGAAAAAAGGCAGAACUCGAGGCACAAAAAGUCCGUGCGGCGGAAGCAGAAAAAAGAUCCUACGAUCGUUUGUUUGUUGAGAGUAAAAUGAGAACAAAUGAAGAUGGCUAUGAUUCGGAUGACUUCAUGUAAAUAAUAAAUAUUAAGCAUACUUCCCUACUGCCCAGCGUGUCUCGUCUUUAGGUUUCAUUUUUACUUACCAGUUACUUUCCAUGGAUUGUCAAUUUCGUCACUUAUAGUGAGGUUCAUUCCGAUUUAUUUGUAUAAAUUAGAAUGUGAACUUUCCAUUUAAUCUUGUCAAGUGACUGAGUUUCAGAUGUUAACUUUCCAUACAAAAAUAUCUAUAUGACUUAAUGGUAUGAAUAUCCACGCAUUAUUUCUUAAGAAUCUAUUUGCAGGAUGAGAUAUUUUGCUUCCGUAUUUUUUGGUUGGUCUUACACGCAAAAAUGAGUACAAGUCUAGUUCACCAUAUUUUCAGUUUUGUGGCAGAGUUCAGAAUUGCAUAAGGAAGCUGAAGCCAUGGUGACCAGGCAAACUUAUUAUUGAUUGGAUUUAUAACUCUGUAAAUGUAUCAUGCUGCUUGGAAUUUCGAUAACUCAACUUUGUAUAAUUCUGUACUGAGUCAUUUUCGUGACUCUCGUCUUUAUGAUGUACGAUGCUUAGUUUAUUGAUAACAUUACGCUGUAUAAAAAAUGAUUUCACACAAUGACUAUUUUAUAAUAAUUUGGCUUCACAAGCUACAAGUUUACAAUAUGCUUCAUGUUCGCCCACGUCAUAUCAUAUAAAUUGUGCUCUCCAGUAAGGAACUGUACUAGCUUUUGAAAAGUGAAAUUUCAACCUUGUUUCGCUUAUGCGUAAUUAUAAAUAAAUACUUAAUUCGUAACAAAUAA